ACACUGCAGCAAGGAGGUACCAGUAUCUCGAUGCGCAGAACCCUGUUUACCUGGUACCAGAAAAAAGUUUGGGUCUUCAAUUCAUGAAUGCUGCUAUGAAUGUGUCACGUGUCCAGAAGGAGAGAUAUCCCAAAUUUCUGAUCAUCUUCUUCGAGGACAGGAACUUCCAGGGUCGCUCUUACGAGUGCCACUCUGAAUGUGCCGACCUGUCCUCAUUCUUCAGACGCUGCAACUCCAUCCGUGUGGAUAGUGGGAACUGGAUCCUGUAUGAACUCCCCAACUACAGAGGACACCAGUACUUCCUCCAUAGAGGGGACUAUCCUGACUUCCAGCAAUGGAUGGGCUACAAUGACUCCAUUAGGUCUUGCCGUCUGAGCCCCCAGCAUGAAGGUUCCUUCAGAAUCAGGAUCUACGAGAGAGAAGACUUCAGAGGUCAGAUGAUGGAGUUCACUGAGGAUUGCCCUCAUGUCCUUGAGAAAUUCCGCUUCAAUGACAUCCACUCCAUUCAUGUUCAUGAUGGCUACUGGAUGUUCUAUGAGGAGCCCAACUACAGAGGACGUCAGUAUUACCUGAGACCUGGAGAGUACAGGAGAUACAGCGACUGGGGAGCCAUAAGCCCCAGAAUUGGGUCUUUCAGACGAGUGCACUACUUCCAGUAAAAUAAAACCGCAUCUAGACAUUUGCUGAAACAAAAAACAGUGACAAUAAAGAAACAUGAAGCAAAA